AUGCCUAUCCAGUCGCGUUGGACCACGCCGCUACCCGAGUGCUCUCUGCAGAAAUGGAUCUUUGGCUCAUCCUUCGGCCCGCUGCCAAACCGCCCAACGUUUUUCGAUGCUGACAAGCCCGACACUGGGAUGAUUACCUUCCCUGACUUUCGGCUGUGGUCUAAAAAGAUUGCUCUCGGCCUCCGAAAUGAAGGACUACGUACCGGGGAUAGAGUCCUCCUAUUGAGCGGCAACCACGUCCUGUUCCCGGCUCUCUUCGUUGGUGUGCUCAUGGCCGGGGGUGUUUUUACUGGAGCUAGCCCGGCGUUUACACCGAGAGAAGUCGCAUAUCAGCUGCGAGAUAGUGAAGCCUCCUUUCUCAUUGUCGCUCCCGAACUAGCCAACACCGCUGUCGAGGGUGCCAAGCUGGCUGGCCUCCCCCCCAGCAGAAUAUUCCUCUUCAACGACACAACCAAUGCAGAUGCGGUGGUCUCUGGGGGCGUAAGGAGGUGGGCCGAGCUACUCGCGGGAGAUGCAGAAGCCACCGCGUUCGACUGGGUCGAGCCCGAGGAUCCGCGCUCGACAACGUGCUGCCUCAACUACAGCUCCGGGACGACGGGAGCUCCCAAAGGAGUCGAGAUUACACAUUAUUCGUACGUGGCAAACGGAGAGACGGCACUUCAUGAAGAGCGUGUUUCCGUGAAACCCAAGUCAGAGAAUGAUCGCGCUCUUUGCUUUCUGCCGCUGUAUCAUGCGGCGGCCCAGACCAUCUACUGCGUCAACUACGCGAGACUCGGGAUACCCGUCUACAUCAUGCCGGCAUUCAACUUUGUGCACAUGCUGCAGCACAUCCAAAACCUCAAGAUCACAAAGGUCGUCGCUGCACCGCCCAUUAUCCGCGGGCUCGCCACCAGCCCGAUAGCGACCAAAUACGACCUGAGCACUGUGACAUUUCUCGGAUGCGGCACUGCACCGCUCGCUCCAAACUUGGCCAAGGAGUGUGAAAAGCUGUGGCCGAACGGCGACGUCUACGUGCGGCAAGCCUGGGGCAUGACGGAGCUUACUUGCACGGGAACAGUCGCGGAUCCAUUGCAGAAGGCGAGGACCGACUCGGUGGGCGAAGUAGCUCCCAAUGCUGCUAUUAAACUCAUGGAUGGCGACAAGGAAAUCACAGAGCCCAACGUUCGCGGCGAAUUGUGGUUCACGGGACCGACGGUGAUGAAGGGAUAUUGGCGCAAUCCCAAGGCCACCAGCGGAACUAUUGCGUUCGAGGGCGGGACGAAGUGGCUCAAGACUGGCGAUAUUGCCUACGUGGACUUAUAUCGCCCCGGGGCAAAGAUUCACAUCGUUGACCGGAUCAAGGAGCUCAUCAAGGUCAAGGGCUUCCAAGUUGCCCCGGCAGAACUCGAAGCCGUUCUUCUCGAGCGAGAGGACAUUGUAGAUGCGGGCGUCGUCGGCGUCACGAUAAACGGCGAGGAAGCCCCCCGAGCAUACAUCGUCAAAGCCCCCGGCUCCCAAACCUCGGCCGAGGACAUCGUCAAAUGGAUGGAGGGCACGACGGCCAAGUACAAGUGGCUCCGCGGCGGGCUCGUCUUUGUCGACAGCAUCCCUCGCGUUCCGUCUGGCAAGAUCCUCCGGCGCGUUCUGAGGGAGCGGGCGCAACAGGAGAUGGGUGUCCGGCCGAUCCGGGCGGCGAAACUGUCGUAG